AAUUGGGACUUUGUCUGAAGAAGAAAAAAAAGAAUCAACAGAACAAAAUCUGAUGUCAAACUUUUUUCCCCGCCUGAAUUCAUUCAUGAAAUCAGAAAUGGAUUUGACAAUGAAUGAGUUUUGCCUCUUAUUUUGAAAGGCGCAAACUCUUACUUUGAAAACCUGUUGGGGUUGAAGGCGGAGCCUGCUGGUGGGUUGAAGGAGGGAAAACACGCUCCUCAUCAGCGGCGGAACGCACGCGCUCGUCCCUCCUCCCCGUAGGUUCGGCGGUUCGGUAUUGAUGGCAACGACCGCGAACGAGCAGCGGGAAGCGGCGGACGUGGCGGAACCGCAGCGCGGCUGCCCGCGGCUCAACAGCAACAACAACAAUAACAACAACAACAAAGACAGCGAGGCGGGAGGAGAGAGCACGAGCUCCGCCGGCGCCAGCGCCACGGCCGAGUCCGGCGGGGCCGGGACGGCGCCGCACAACAACGGCUCCUCGGCGGGGAGCAACGGGAAGUGGGUCCGGCUGAACGUCGGCGGAACCGUGUUCCUCACGACGCGGCAGACGCUCCUGAAGGAGCAGACCUCCUUCCUGUACCGGCUGUGCCAGCAGCAGGACCUGCACUCGGACACGGACGAGACCGGGGCCUAUGUGAUUGACAGGGACCCCACCUACUUUGGCCCCAUCCUCAACUACCUGCGACACGGGAAGCUGGUCUACAACAAGGAGCUGGCGGAGGAAGGAGUCCUGGAGGAGGCGGAGUUUUACAACAUCGCCCCCCUGAUCAAACUGAUCAAGGAGCGGAUCACGGAGAGGGACUCCAAAGCCACACAGCAGGUGCCCCCCAAGCACGUCUACAGGGUUCUGCAGUGCCAGGAGGAGGAGCUGACCCAGAUGGUCUCCACCAUGUCCGACGGCUGGAAGUUUGAGCAGGUCAGCGUGCGCGCCUGCAGAAAGCCCCGCACCGGACUGCUCUGGACUAUGGUGAACAUCGGCUCGUCUUACAGCUACGGCACGGAAGACCAGGCGGAGUUCCUGUGCGUGGUUUCCAAGGAGCUCCACACGCCGGGAUCCGGCCUCGGUACGGAGCAGAGCCACAAGACCAAGCCGGCUGAGAUGCAGGAGGAGGAAGCAGCAAAGGAGGAGGAGGAGGAGGAGGAGGGAGGGAGAGAAACUACACCAAAUGAAUGGCUUAGAGAAUGAGGGAGUCAGGAUUCUUUGUUCCAAAGAAAGGUGGGAAUGGCUCUUCCAGAUCCACGGUGCCGCUCGGAUGUAGAGAUGUCGGUUUUGGCUCAUCUGAGCGGGACAGACGGACUCGUGGAUCAUCUCUGAUCUGCAGCCCCCCCACAAAACCAAAUUCAGUUUCCAAAACGAUCCGGUUUAUCCGAAGGGGACGGUUUUCCCGCUCCCCCCCUCUUCAGGAGCAGCAGGGCUGGAAGCGGGCCGUCACUUCCAACAGGAAGUCCCAUCACCUUUCCAGAUUCAUCCGACUUUACCGACGUUUCUGAUCAGAAAACAGCAGAAAUAUGAAAAUAGGUUCACACCUAAACGUAUCUGAAUCCUGUGAUCGGCUUCAAACCAGAUUAGUUCCAUACAUGAAAACAGAGGACUAAAUCCGUCCAGUCUGAGGUUUGUUUAACAUGUCAAGUCAUUGAAGGUCAAGUCGGCUGGUUUGACGUCACGUUUAUCUAAACAUCCAAAACUUUAUUCUAACUUUAUGCUUGGAUUAGAUUUGUCCAAUUUACCUUCCAAGUUUCAUUUUCUUUCCUGUUACAAGCAAAGGUGGAAGUUUUACUGCAGAAACAAGCUCUUGAUGAGUUUAGAUUCAUCUUUUCCUGCUGCCUGCUUCAUAGACUUUUUGUUAUUUAUCUUUUCCUGCAAGUUUAAUCUACCAAAAAUCCAUAAAAGCAGCAAAAAGCUUUAUUUUUGUUUCAGAACUAAAAGUCUGAUGGUAGUUUAACUCUGAGGUUUUCUAAAUCCAUUGCAGGGUGUUUGAUUCAAAGACAUAAUUCUGUAAAUAGGACUUUAGACUAGACUGUGCCUGAGAAUAUUUCCGGUUCAACUUAGUAAGUGAUCGUCUGCGUUUAGGCGCUGGGCAAGAAAACCAUCACCUUUAGCUGGAAAUACAGACAAUCAGAACUUUAGAUUGAAGCUGUUUUUGUAUUUUAGUCUGAGGAAAGCAGUGAGGUGGAGUUUAUCAUACUGAAGUGAUUGUGUUUGUGUGUUUUGUUGAUUUGUAGCAAUAAUUAGAGAGUUGUCAUGAUCCUCAUGGCGUGUUGGAUUAUGGGAAGGUCGGGUGGAGACGUCAGCAGAACCCAUGCCGGCUGGUCUUCUCAGCUCUUUCCUCUCGGAUCAUUCAGUGCCUUGAGUUCAAGCAGACGCUCACAGGCGUGCUUUCCCUUCAAAAUAAAAGUCUCUUUGAGAGCUGAGGCUUGUUGGUCUUUUUUUCUCCUCAGUGUUCAAACAGACAGAAAUGAGCGGGAAAACGGCUGCAUGUUUCAGACGAGCUUUUGUAGAAAAUUGCAUUUUUUUUAAAUUACAUUUUUAUGUAUGUUUGUUUUUUAUUUUUUUUUAUUUUCAAUGUUUCUGAGAAAAAAAACACUAUAGGGGGGGGGGGGGGGUCAUCUUUCUGUGAAUUCAGCAUUUUCUACAGAUCUGUUUAAAUAAUAAUCCACUAUUUGUGGAAUAUUGUUUAAAAUCUUUUUUUUUUUAAUCAGGAUGUUUUUAAUUAAUUUUCCUGCCAGAUUCCAAUGUUUGUUGGAAACUUUCUUGUACUUCUUGACGUGUUUGUGUCGUACAUGAACUUUAGCUGUGCAGCUUCAUCGGCAGAAACACUUUUAUUGUUUUAUUGAUGAUCAUGUUGUGAAUGAUGGGCUGCAUCUCCUCCACCCACAGAGCCUCAACGUACCUCAUCUGUAAACCAUGGGACACAUGAAUUGUAAAAGACCUUCCGGCUGCUUUUAUUUCUCCAGGGUCGUGCGACGCCUCUGAGGUCACACGCCGCCACUUUUUAUUUAUUUUUCUGUCGCUUUUCGUCACUGCUGUAAUCAGAUUAAACUUUUGUUUAGGA